AUGCAAAAUUAUUGUGGCGGUGAGCACAAAUCCGGAUCGGGUAAAGGGUUUCCGAAAACGCCAUUCGAGAUCCAUCAAGGACAGGUUCGGCAAGAGUUCGAGAGGCUUCAUCACGAUGGAAAAUCGCUGUUGACCGCCAGUGAUCUACCGGAAAACAAGUAUAUCGUGUUCUGUGGCCUUCUGGAGCUCACGAAUCGCGCGUGUGUUCAUUUCGAGUUGCGGAAUCCGACGCAGAAGACCAUUCUAUUCAACAUCCGAACACCCAUCUCGCACUGUUUCUUCGUGAAACCACACGUCGGAAUGAUCGAGGCGGGAGGGAAGGCGAAAAUCUACUGUACAUUCAAGGGAAAAUGUCACCGCGUGCCGUCGGACUACUGUAUGAUCUACUCCAUCUAUCAUAUUGUGAUCGACGAGAAAUCGACGGCUCUCAUCAAGGAAGACGAGUUCUCGUCGUCGAAUUUACGGGCGGUUUGGAAUAAAAAGGGGCGGGGUGUGGAGAUUAAGAAUAUUCUUCAUUUGUCGUGUAAAUUUGAUGAGAAGGCGAAGCCGGAGCACACGUGUAAACAUCAUAAGAUUGGGAGGAUUAUCGAUUUGAAUGAUCAUGGAGAAGUUGUGCAAGCCGGCCCUCUCGAAGAUUCAAAGGGAGAACCGUCCAACACUCCACCAUCGGCCACGGCAAAAGGCAGAAGACUUCAGAAGACGCCUUCCGUGAUUUCCACAGAAGAAAUGCCAAAGACGGCGACGUCCGAGAAGACAAAGAAGAAGUAG